UAGAGGAUCUGAUUCAGCCCAAGCUGCGUAAGAAUUGCGUGGAAGGAAACUCUUCAUCCAUACAAUUGCGCAAAGAGCCACGACUGCGACAGAGGAAAAGGACCAAAUAGCCGAACCAGCGAACGAGAGAGAGAGAGAGAGAGAGAGAGAGAGGGAGCGCGAUGAGUAGUAGUAGCACUGAGAAGCUAAAGUCGUCAAGCUCCGAAUUGGACUUGGAUCAACCCAACAUCGAGGACUAUCUCCCUUCCGGAUCCUCCAUCCAAGAGCCCCUGGGCAAGCUCCGCCUGCGUGAUUUGCUCGACAUUUCUCCUGCGCUAACCGAGGCUGCUGGUGCCAUUGUCGAUGACUCGUUCACACGAUGUUUCAAGUCAAAUCCUCCGGAACCAUGGAACUGGAAUGUGUAUUUAUUUCCGCUAUGGUGUUUUGGGGUCGUAGUUCGAUAUUUCAUUCUAUUCCCCGUCAGGGUUAUAGUAUUGACAGUGGGAUGGAUAAUAUUCCUUUCGGCUUUUAUUCCGGUGCAUUCUCUUUUGAAAGGGCAUGACAAGUUGAGGAAAAAGAUUGAGAGGUCGUUGGUGGAGUUAAUUUGCAGCUUCUUUGUUGCGUCAUGGACUGGGGUGGUAAAAUACCAUGGGCCACGGCCUAGCAUGCGACCUAAGCAGGUUUUUGUGGCCAAUCAUACUUCCAUGAUUGAUUUCAUCAUCUUAGAACAGAUGACUGCAUUUGCUGUUAUUAUGCAGAAGCAUCCUGGAUGGGUUGGACUUUUGCAGAGCACCAUAUUAGAGAGUGUAGGAUGUAUCUGGUUCAACCGUUCAGAGGCAAAGGACCGCGAAAUUGUAGCAAGGAAGUAA